AAGUGAAAAUUCUACAAAGCAGCGUACAAAAAUGGCAAAGUGGGUUUUUUUUACUGUUGCUGUCUGCAAAAGCUCAAGCAAACUUAACUAGAGAUAAGCGAGCGACGUACAUUAAAACAUAGACACGCACACAGAUACACACAUACACAUAUAAGCAGGCAGACACACGAAUAUACAGAGCACGGCGUGUCCGUAUGUGUGUGUGUGCUUGUUUAUGACUCACGGCUGGCCCUGUGAGUGAGUGUGUGAGUGCGAGUGAGAAGGCGCUAGAGCGCUACCUACGGCAACAAAACAACAAACACGCUUCAACAGAAUUUCCCAAGCAUUUUAUACAAUUUUCAACGUUGUGGAAAAACAAAGAACAUAGAGAUUAAGUGAAAAAUAGGGAAACAACACAAACAUGAGUUUCGCCAAGUGGUUCAAGAAGAAGGAGCAAAUCUCCGAGAUUGGCGCUCCAACAAAUUUUCAACGGCAUUUUCAUGUCUCACGCAAUCAGGAGACGGGCGAUCUGGAGGGUCUGCCCACGCCCUGGGUGCGCCUGAUGAACACACAAAUCACACGCGAUGAGCAGGACAAAAAUCCAGACGCAGCUUAUCAUGCGGUCAAAUAUUACAAUUACUCCAUUAAGAAAAAGGAGCAGGAGGUGUUCAAGCCCUUCAUUACGGAGGAUGUCAUACACGAGGAGUCCAAAGAGAUUGAUAACUAUGUCAAUUACAAGAACAAACACAAAUCGCAGGAUAUUGAUAAAUCGGAUGACGAUGGCAGCGGCAGCUCAACAGCAACAGAGAGCAGCAGCAGCGGCUGCGGCAGCUCCGCGGCGAACAGCAACAGCAGCAGCCUCAAUGAUAGCAGCCAACAGUCUGUCAUACCGCUCGAUGCGCUAAACGAUGUCAUCAAGGAGCUGGAAUCGACUUUGGGUCGUGAAACGCUCAAGCCGGUUAAGCCGUGCGGCUUGGAGCCGCCGCCUGUGCCGCCCAAGAAAUCGCCACAUCAACUGCCGCCCAAGCCACAAAUCAAACCAAAACCUUCGAGCGUCAUCCAGCAAAAAUUCUCACGUGAUCUGCGUAGCCUAGAUGGGGAACCACACAAGAUUAAUACAGAUACAAUUAUCAUUAAGCCCAAUACCCUGGGCAGCGCCAGCCAGGAGGGCGGUAUCGAUGCCGAUGCGCCAGAGGAGACCAUAUUGCGUCGCUCCAAAGAGAAGCGUGCACAGAAAACGGAUGCGGAGAUUUAUGAGGAGCUCCGCGCCAUUUGCAAUCCUGAGGAUCCGCGUGAACGUUACAAGACCAGCCAAGAAGUGGGCAAGGGUGCAUCGGGCAUUGUAUUCAUAGCCGGCGACAAGCAAACGGAAACCCAAGUGGCAGUCAAAACAAUUGAAAUGAAAAAUCAAUCCUCCAAGGAUCUCAUACUGACCGAGAUACGUGUGCUCAAGGAUUUCAAUCAUAAGAAUCUGGUCAAUUUUCUGGACGCAUAUCUGCUAGAGCCGGAGGAUCAGCUCUGGGUGGUCAUGGAGUAUAUGGAUGGCGGUCCACUCACCGACGUCGUCACCGAGACAGUCAUGAAGGAGCGUCAAAUUGCCUGCGUUUGCCGUGAGGUCCUCUAUGCCAUAAGUUUUCUGCAUGCCAAAGGCAUUAUACAUCGGGACAUCAAGUCUGAUAACGUGCUGCUCGGCAUGGAUGGCUGUGUGAAGGUUACGGAUUUCGGUUUUUGUGCCAAUAUCGAGGGCGACGAGAAGCGCCAGACCAUGGUGGGCACACCGUACUGGAUGGCGCCGGAAGUGGUCACACGCAAAAAGUAUGGCAAAAAAGUGGACAUCUGGUCCAUUGGGAUAAUGGCGAUCGAAAUGAUUGACGGACAGCCUCCCUAUCUGUAUGAGACGCCGCUGCGUGCGCUCUACCUAAUUGCCGCCAAUGGACGACCUGAUAUUAAGAGCUGGGACAAGCUGAGUCCCAGCUUGCAGGAUUUUCUAGAUCGUUGUCUCCAGGUCGAUGUGGAUCGUCGUGCCACAGCCGAUGAGCUCCUCAAGCAUCCGUUUCUUGAUGAUUGCAGCGAGGUGAAGGCUUUGGUGCCCAAUAUUAAGGCUGCCAAGAAGGUUCUCAGACGCAAUGUAUAGUUAAUGUGUCAACAACAUC